AUGGCGGCCUCCACCACCAAUUUGGUUGUACUUGUACUUCCUCAUUCUUAUUCUUCAAAAACCAGUACUACUCCUUUUUCAACCACAUUAAUUCGUAACAAACGCACUCCCUUCAACUACGCCGCCUAUGCAAGAGCAUUAACGAUAUCGGCCACCGCGGCGGAUGAGAAGGUUGUCAUCACUAGACGGUCGGGCAACUACGGAACUCCGCGUUGGAGUUUUGAUUUCAUUCAGUCACUUGAUACUGGAUAUUCGGCGGAGAAGUUCAGGAAAAGGGGUGAUGAGUUGAAGGAGAAAGUGAAUGCAAUAUUGGUGGAGGAAUUAUUAUUAGAUGAUGAGGAAACCAAUAUGAAGCUAGGGGUGGUGGACUGCUUGGAGCUUGUUGAUAAUCUGGAAAGAUUAGGAGUGGGUUAUCACUUUGAACCUCAAAUUCACAGAUUAUUGAACAACAUAUUCAAUCGGAGAAAACAUGGUGAUGAUGAUGAAGUCAAAGAUUUGUAUGCUGCUGCUCUUGAAUUUCGAGUUUUGAGACAAAAUGGCUUUCAUGUUCCUCAAGAUAUAUUCGACCCUUUCAUGAAUGAAGAGGGUGAGUUUGAUGAGAGGCUAAGCAAAGAUACAAAGGGAUUGCUGAGUUUAUACGAAGCUUGUUUCCUGUCACUAGAAGCUGAAACAAAACUUGAUACGGCAAGAGAAUUCUCCACUCAAAACCUUAUCAAGAAUCAAACAAAAAUUGAUCUGCAGCCGAAUCAAUGGUUAAGUUCCUUAGUGCAACAUGCACUGGAGAUUCCCCUAAGAUGGAGGGUACCCAGAAUAGAGGCAAGGUGGUACAUAGAGUCAUAUGAAACCUGCCCCAAAAUGAACCCUAUUCUGCUUGAAUUUGCCAAAUUGGAUUUCAAUAUCGUUCAAGCUGUUCAUCAACAAGACCUCAAAGCUGUAGCCAGGUUGCCAUUUGUGAGGGAUAGAAUUGUGGAGAAUUUCUUUUGGACAAUUGGGGUGGCUCCCGAGCCUCAACAUGGACUUUGUAGAAGAAUUCUAGCCAAGUGCUUCGUCUUGAUCUGCAUGAUAGAUGACCUCUAUGAUGUUUACGGAAGCAUAAAUGAAUUGGAACUCUUCACUGAUGCUGUUGACAGGUGGGAUGUGAAAGCCAUUGAUCAGCUUCCAAACUACAUGAGAGUUGCCUAUCUCGGUUUUUUCAACUCCAUCAACGAGAUGGCCUAUGAAGCCAUGAACCAACAAGACGUCCAUGUGAUUAAACAUUUUCAGCGAGUGUGGGCCAAUCUAUGCAAAGGAUACAUGAAAGAGGCAAGGUGGUACUACGGUGGAUACACACCGGGGGUGGAAGAAUAUCUUGAAAAUGCAUGGGUUACCAUCUCUAAUCCAGUCAUGUUGAUGCAUGUUUAUGCCGCUAUUACCGACUCCAUUAAUACAGAAGCCAUGGAUUGCCUUGAUACCCAUGACAUUGUUCGUUGGUCCGGAAUGUUAGUCCGAUUGGUCAACGAUUUGGGUACUGGACCGGAGGAGAUGAAAAGGGGAGAUGUGGAUAAAUUAGUGCAAUGUUACGUGAAGGAAACAGGAUGUACAGAAGAAGAAGCCAGGGAAAAUGUGUGGGGUUUGUACAGACAGACAUGGAAGAAGAUGAACAAGGAGUGUAUGGUAAAAGAAUCACCAUUAUUCUCAAACUCAUUUGUUAGAGCUUCAAAGAACUAUGGAGGAAUGACUCUUGUCCUUUACAAAUAUGGAGAUGGCCAUGGUGUUCAUUCAAAUCCCCACACCACUGAUCGCAUCCUCUCUUCCAUUUUCAACCCAAUUCCCCUUUCCUACUAA